GAUUUAACACCAGUUCGAAGAACAUCUGAAAUAGUUCGUUUAGCUAAAAAUAUGUUUGGUGGUUUUGCAAUGCUUCUAUGGGCUGGUGCUUGUCUUUGUUUUUUUGCUCAUUUUCUUGAAUUAUAG